GGCCUCUAUGGGAAUCUCCAAAACACUGCUCUGUCCGCCAUCUCCUUGAGAACAGGAGCUCCAUCCCAUCACACCAAGAUGUCUUGCUACGACCUGUGCCCACCCAAAACCAGCGUCGCCGUGCCCCAGCCCAUCGCUGAGAGCUGCAACGAGCUGUGCGCGCGCCAGUGCCCCGACUCUUCGGCCUUCAUCCAGCCACCGCCCGUCGUCGUCACCUUCCCCGGCCCCAUCCUCAGCUCCUUCCCCCAGCAGGCCGUGGUGGGCUCCUCCGGAGCACCCGCCUUU